AUGGAGGGGCACUUCACAGGAGGUGAGGAAUACCAGAAGAACUUCCUGCCCAGGGACUACCUGACCACCUACUACAGCUUUGACCAUGGCCCCUCGCCUGAGGCUGAGAUGCUCAAGUUCAACCUGGAGUGUCUUCACAAGACCUUCGGUCCUGGGGGUCUCAAAGGGGACACCCUGAUCGAUAUUGGCUCGGGCCCAACCAUCUACCAAGUGCUUGCUGCCUGUGAGGCCUUCCGAGACAUCACUCUCUCGGACUUCACAGACCGCAACCGGGAGGAGCUGGAGAAGUGGCUGAGGAAGGACCCAGGGGCCUAUGACUGGACCCCGGCUGUGAAAUUUGCCUGUGAGCUGGAGGGAGACAGUGGUCGGUGGCAGGAGAAGGAGGAGAAGCUUCGAGCCACAGUGAAGCGCGUGCUCAAGUGCGACGCCAACCUAGCCAGCCCGCUGGCCCCGGCUGUGCUGCCCCCCGCCGACUGCGUGCUCACCUUGCUGGCCAUGGAGUGCGCCUGCUGCAGCCUGGACGCCUACCGCGCCGCGCUGCGCAACCUCGCCUCGCUGCUCAAGCCUGGAGGCCACCUGGUGACCACGGUCACUCUCCAGCUCCAGUCCUACAUGGUGGGGAAGCGCCAGUUCUCCUGUGUGGUCCUGCAGAAGGAGGAGGUGGAGCAGGCCGUGCUGGACGCUGGCUUCGACAUCCAGCAGCUCCUGCAUAGUCCCCUGAGCUACUCCCCAGCCAGUGCCCCCAACACGGGGGUCUGCUUCAUUGUGGCGCGCAAGAAGCCUGCGCCCUGA